GAGUUGGAGUGGGCGAGUUCAUUGUGUGUCCGAAUGAGGGGGAUGAAUGGUUGGGAGAGACCAUUGUUUGGAGAAAUUUGGGCAAUGUUUGGGAGUGACCUCUGCGUGUAUGAAUGGGGACGGUCAGGGUGAAUGGAUGCGCAGCCCCCUUUGCCUCCUCACCACUAGGAGUUGACCUGUAGCAGCCCUGCCUCACCCUCACUUCAGCAUCCAGAGCCCAAGAGCUGAUCAGGGACAGACUCCACCUCAUGAAGCCUGGAGAUGGAGAAGUGGAUCCCGGAGAACCCCCGGACUGUCUGGGGUUCGAUCCAUCUCACCUGAGGACACACCCUGAGGAUGCUGAGGACCCAGAAGAAGAGGCGCCCGGAGGAGCCGAGGCGGAGGCGGGGACCCUGGUGCGGCUCAUCGACGAGCACGGGGCGUACUCGACCGCGCGCCUGGUGCCCGACGGUUCCGCGGAGGAGCGCUCUGAGAAGAGGGGGCCAGGCUCGCUCCGCGCCGGCUCUGAGGGCUGGGAGGGGCUGGCGCGGCCCAGGCGAUUCAGCUGCGCCGCCUGCGGGAAGGCCUUCAAGCGCGCGUGGGAGCUGCUGAGCCACGAGGUGGUGCACACGGCCGCCCGGCCCUUCCGCUGUGGCCUGUGCGCAGCCGCCUUCAAACGCCCCUCGGACUGCAAGAGUCACAGGCUGGUGCACAGCGACGAGCGGCCGCACGGCUGCGACGCCUGCGGCAAACGCUUCAAGCGAGCCAGCAACCUACAGGAGCAUCGCCGCAUCCACACGGGCGAGCGUCCCUUCCCCUGCCAGUCCUGCCCGAAGCGCUUCAAGACCCACUACGAGCUGCACCGCCACGAGCCACUGCACGCUCCCUCGCGGCCCUUCCCCUGCCCGGACUGCGGCAAGGCCUUCGCAGCAGGGCCGGCCCUGCUUCUCCACCGGCGGCAGCACUGCGUGGACAAGCCGCACGCGUGCGGGGUGUGCGGUAAGCGCUUCACCCACAGUCACAGCCUGCGGGUGCACGAGCGCGUGCACACGGGCGAUCGGCCCUUUGUGUGCCCACUGUGCGCCAAGGCCUUCAAGCAGUCCAACGCGCUGGCCUCUCACCACCGCGUGCAUUCGGGAGAGCGGCCCUACAGGUGCGCCACGUGCGGCAAGGCUUUCAAGCAAUCGUCCUACCUGGCCAUCCACCGGCGCACGCACACGGGCGAGCGGCCCUACCCCUGCGACGCCUGCGGCAAAGCCUUCUCCAGGCCCUCGCUGCUCCUACAGCAUCGCCGGGUACACAGCCCCGUGCGCCCCAACACCUGUCUCUUCUGCCCCAAGCACUUCAAGGACCUGAACUACCGCGCAGUCCAAGAGAGGCUGCACACGGGAGACACGCCCUACACGUGUGGUCUCUGUGGCAACGGCUUCGCGCAUCCCAGCAACCUGCUGCAGCAUCAGAGUGUGCAUCUGGAUGGGUGAGGGUGGGGUGUGGGGCCGCGAGGAGGCCAGCGAGGGCUCCGAGUCCCCAGAGCUGGAAUGGGAGGGAACCCAGUCCAGUGGACGCCCAGUUUCAGACAGCGCCGUCCAAUAGCAUCUCUCCAGAAACACUGCAUCUAGGCCGUCCAGUAUCUUAGUGACCAGGCCCCUGUGGUUCCUUUGAGCGUUUGAAACAUGGUUAGUGCCCCUGUGGAAGUGAUUUUUUUGGGAGGGGUGUAACUUUUUAGUUUGCAGUUCUUUAAGACUCAUGAGAAGUUGCAAAAAUUAGCACAGAGCUUUCCCAUGUACCCUUCACCCAGCUCCCCGCCAUGGAUACCUCUUAGCCUUCCUGGCACCAUGUGCCUGCACGCAUGCUCAGUCCUGUCUGAUUCUUUGCGACCUCCUGGACUGUAGCCCGCCAGGCUCCUUUGUCCAUAGGGUGUCCCAGGCAAGAAUACUGAGUGGGUUUCCAUUUUCUUCCCCAGGGGAUCUUCCUGACCCAGAGAUUGAACCUGCAUCUCCUGCACUGGCCGGCGGGGUUUUUGUUUUUACCACUGAGCCACCUGGGAAGCCCCAGCAUACUGCCAAUAACCAGGAAAUUGACUCUGAUAAGAUUCUGUUAACUCAGGUACAGAUCUUAUUCAGAGUUCGCCAAAACAUAAGUGACUAUUUAAGCUCACUGAAUUUAAAUCAAUUUCCAUUUAAAUAGCCACCAGUGUCUAGUUGCUGGCAUCCCGGACAGUGCAAGUCUAAGGCCUGAAGGCAUGAGGGAUGCCCGGCAGUGGCUGUGGCAUUUGAAGAAUUGCUGUACACGCCCAUGUGAGCCACAUAAUAUUCUUGAGAAGGACUUUGCAGAGGACCUUUAACAAAGCCUUUUUUUUUUUUUUCCUUUCAAAGCCGAGAGGAAAGUUUAUAAAUCUCAUUCCAGGGCAGAAAGUACACACAUUGAAACCCAACACACUGCUAUUAUGUGGUGUAAAUGUACAUGGUAAUAAAUUUGAUCAAAUCACAGCUGCUCCCAGGUGUAGCCUGUUAGGUGGCCCUUUGGCUGUUUCGGCUUUCCUUAUAACUAAAACAUCAGUGUGGUAAUGAGGUUCUGUGGUCACCUUGUGUCUUCCCGUGCAUAAAAAAGCGCUGAAUUAAUUCCUUCACUUGGAAUAUCUGGUUUUCCUUGAUUAACAAUAAUCAUUUGAUGUUCUGACUACCUGCCCUUUGUUGCAAAACCUCUAUAUGACCUGUGUCGUCCCCUUGCCUCCUCAGAGCAGUUCUCUCGGGGUCAUUUGAGAUGCUGCCUCCCAGGCUUGACGUCCUAAGAAUUCCCACCAAAUAAAACACAACUGUCA